AUGGCCGAGAGCAGCGGCGGCGGCGCGGCGGAGACGGAGGAACUGUCGUUUGUAGCCGAGCAGAUACUUUCAGAGGUCACAACGUCAGAGGAAUGGACCAGGGGGCUGUCUGAGCAGCCUGAGCUGAAGAACAAAGUCAAAGCUGCCCUGGAGGCUCUCGCCGAGCGCGUGGCCAAGUCGAGCCACGGCGUGGCCAUGAGGAUCGCCCAGGAGCACCUCGGCGCCAUCGAGCAGCGCAUGUCCGACCUGAUCAAGAUCGACCAAGAGAAGGACGGCGACCUCCGCGAGGCCCUCGAGACGGCAAGGGACGCCCUGCGCGAGCGCAAGGCCGCCGACGAGCGCCGCGCCGCCGAGGCCGCGCGCGUCGCCGAGCUGCAGGCGACCGUCGAGGCACAGGCGCAGCAGCUCGAGCGCCUGCGCGGCGCCGCGGAGCUCGCGAGCGAGUCCACGACCGCGGUGGAGCGCAUGCUGGACCGCCUGAAGGAGACGGAGGUGUUGCAGGGGCAGUACCGGGACGCCAUGGACAAGUCCGGGAAGAAGAUCGACGUCCUGACGCAGCUGACCGACGCGCAGCGGCAGCGCAUCGCCGAGCUCGAGCGCGCCCUCCGCGGAGGCGCCGAGCCCGCGGCCGGCGGGGGCGCGGGCGGCAGCAGCAACGCCGUGCCCGCGGGCGCCGACGAGCGCCUCCAGGACGCCCUCCGGAAGCUCGAGAUGGUCGAGCGCGAGCGCGACCUGCUGCUGGAGGCCAAGCGGCGGCAGGCCACGGAGGAGCAGGAGGGUCCGCGCGAGGACGCGCACGGCGAGCCCCUGCCGCCGCGCGGGAUGGCCGCGGUGGAGAUCAACCGCGAGACGCUCGAGGCGCAGAAGACCCUGCGGAAGCCCGCGCCCCCGAGCGACGGCGCGCCGUCCGACGCCGCGACGAUGGGUUCGAAGUGGCCCACGCGGGGGGGUCCUGCACGGGCCACGGGGGGCACUGCCGACGACGACGAGGACGACGACGGCGGCGACCAAGACGACGACGACGACGGGAGCAGUGGGGGCGGCGGCGGCUCGCGCGACGAGGGCCACGACGACGACGCGCUGGACCGUCACGCGCUGGCAGAGGCGUUGGUCACGCUCAAGGGCCUGGGGUUCACGGACGCGCAGAUUGAGGCGCUGGCGGAGGAGGUGACGGCGGAGCAGGCGCGCGACCUCGUCGCGAUGACGGCGAAGCUGCGGGAGGUGCAGCGCGAGCACGACGAGCUGCGCGCCAUCGCGGAGCAGCGGGCGCAGCUGGCGGUGAUCGCGGAGGCGGAGGGGGAGGGCGGCGGCGGGGAGGGCGCAGGCCCGACGCGCGAGGCGGUGCGGCGGCGCGUGGCCGCGUUCCUGCGCGGUCCGCACGGCGCCCAGAUCAUGCGCGACGCGGGUCUGGGCGCCGACCAGGUGGACGCGUUUGUGUCGUUCCUGGAGCAGAUGGGGGGCCUCGACGAGCUGCUGCAGGCGGCGGUGCGCGCGGGCGCGAUGGAGCAGGGCGGCGCCAUCGAGGUGCAGCAGGACAGCAGCAGCAGCAGCAGCGACGAGGACGGUCAGGACGAGGACGGUGACGGGGUCGACGGCGGCAGGGAGGAGCGUGCUGCUGCUGGUGCUAGUGCGCCGCCGUCGCCUCCGCGGCGCGUGCGCGACGAGGAGGAGGAGGAGGAGGAGGAGGAGGACGCAGGCGGCGAGGAGGGGGAGGAGGACGCGAUGCCAGCGGCGGCGCGGGAGCGUCUGCGCGCGAUGGAGGAGCAGCAGGCGCAGCUGCUGGAGGUGCUGCAGGCGGUGAUGGCGCUGUCGAAGGAGCAGGCGAAGCAGGUGUCGGACUACGAGGCACGCAUCAACGACGUGGUCAGCGAGAUGGGCCGCGUGGGCGAGGAGCGGCAGCGCUGGCGCGAGACGCAGGCGCGCAACGUGCAGCUCGAGGCGGAGAACGCGCGGCUGCGUCGCGGGGCGCCCGCAGCACCCGGAGAGCCCUCGGGCGGCCAGGGCGACGCGACUCUGCAGCGCGAAAACGACGCGCUCAAGGGGGAGCUUGGCAAGGCGAAGGACGCCCUGCGCACCAUUCGCGGCGAGAUGGAGACGACGAUCGCGUCGAUGAUGCAGGAGGUGCGGGGGCUGACGGAGCAGCAGGAGCGGCAGGCGGAGAUGCAUAAGCGGGCGCUCGCGGACAUGGCGCGCGCGUACAAGUCCGAGGUGGACGCCAUCCGGACGCAGGUUCUGCGCGCAGCGGCCGCGGAGGGCGCGGGUACCGGGUCGAGCGAGGCGGACGCGCGCGCGAUCGCGGGCCUCCGCCGCCAGCUGGACGACCUGGCCGGGUGGAAGGAGCAGGCGGUCGGCGUGGUGCGGGUGCUGCGCGACCAGGUGCGGCGCGAGGCGUCGGGGGCGCAGGAGCUGCGGCAGAAGCUCGACACGGCCACGGACUCGAACGGGCGCCUGCGGGACGAGCUGGGCGCGGUGGCUGAGCGCCUGGGCGCCGUGACGCGUGAGCGGGACGAGCUGGAGGACUUGCUGCUGGGGUCCCCGGGGGGGUCCUCGGACGGGGGCGACGGAGUGGACCGGACGGACAGGGACGGCAAGCCGCGGUGGCAGGGCUUGGAAAGCAGCUACCGCGAGGCCCGGGCGCGCGUGGCGGAGCUCGAGAAGGAGAAGCGCCACUGGGAGCUCGAGGGCGCGCGCCUGCGCCACGAGGCCCUCAUCCUGCGGCGCAAGUACGCGCGCUCGCUGCGUCGCCAGGGCCACCUGCAGGACGCCCUGAUCCAGGCGGGCGUCACGGGGCUCGCGACCGACCUGCCGCCCGGCGCGGUGUCCCGCUCGGCGCGCGCACGCGCGUCCGCCGCCGCCAACCCCUCGCGGCAGCUGCCGGUGCCGGGGGGCGACGACGACUUGGGCGACGGCGACCACGAGGACCAGGCCGGGGUGUGGGCGAGCGCUGAGGGCGAGGCGGACGGCCUCGGCGACGACGACGAGUACGCGUUCGACGACGGCAGCGAUGACGACGGCGACUACGACGCCGUUGGGUUCGCGUACGAGCCGCUGCCUGCUGAGCCGCGCAGCCACAAGCCGUCCGCUGCUGCCGCGGCCGCUGCGGCGGAGAACGGCACCGAGGGCGACGUGGACGUCGUCCGCAUGGGAUCCGUCGCUGCGGGGGCCCGCGACGCGCCCCCCGCCGUCCCCGAGGACGUGUGGAGGCUCGUGCGCGAGUACGAGGGCGACGAGGGGCUGGGGCGGCCCGGGACCGCGGCGCCGAGCGACCUGCGUCGCCGCGGCGCGCGUGCGGCGGAGGCGACGGCGCCGCCGGAGGUCGUGAACCUCGCUGCGGAGUUGGCGGGCGACGAGGGGUACGGGCGGCCAGGCAGCGCGCUAGCGUCGGACCGGCGGGCGUGGCUGCAGCGGCGCGUGCCGGCGGACGUCGAGGAGCGCGCUGCGGCGCUCGAGGGCGACGAGGGCAUCGCGCGGCCGCCGACGGCGGCGCCGUCGGAGCGGCGGCCGUGGUCUGGGGUGUCGCCGCGGCGCACGGCGCACACGAGCGCGCGGGCGGGCGCGACGGGGGUGUCGUCCGCGACUGGCGCGUUCGGAUCCUCGCAGGCUAUGCACAACGGCUGGUCGCGGUCGGACUCGUCCUCGGGAGACAACCCCCCGGGAGACCCUGCCCCGCUGUCAGGCUGGGCGGUCGACGACAACGACGAGGGCGACGCCGAGGGCGACCUCGGCGGGUCGUUCGGGAGCGCCGGGCGCAACCGCGAGCUCGUGGAGGGCCUGCGCGACGACCCGCGCAUCGGCGCGGACGGGUUCCCGAUAUUGCGCGACGCCAUGGCCGCUGCCAGAGCCCACAAGACGUCGAAGGGCGCGAAGAAGCGCGACGGGAGCGCGCGGGGGCGGGGCUCGCGCGGCACGCCGAGCAAGAGCCUGCUGAAGGCCACGGCGGCCGGGUGCGACGUGUACCCGACGCGGGACGAUGCGGAAAGGGUGGAGAUGGCGGCAGCGCAGCUGACAGCGCGCGUGCCGUGCAAGCCUGGCCGGCCCGCGACAGCGCCCGUGGGGGAGGGCGGCCGCGGGCGGUCCCGCGGGGUGAAGGCGGCGUGGGGCGCGGGAGAGGGCGUGGAUGACGGUGGGCGCCGGCUGCCGAAGCGCGGCACGCCGCUGCGCCCGGCGCCAGUGACGGGCGGGGGCGGGGCCGCGGGGCGCCGGCCGGCCACGGGGCCCCGCGCGCCGCGGCUGCGCGCGGACGCCCGCGUGCGCCACGUGUUGGGAAUCAAGACCAAGAUAUCCUCUGGGAAUCUCGUGCCGCUGCAGCUGCCGAGCAAAGAGGACCGCAAGGCGCACCGCGUGUACGUGCGCGAGCUAGACCGGCGUCUGUUCGCCGAGGCGCAGCGGCGGGCGCUGGGCGCGCGCGGCUGGCGCGCGGUCGAGGGUCGCCCGGAGGUGCAGGCCGCUGUCGCGCGCGCGGCGAUGCGCCGCAAAGCGGUGCGCCGGCAGAUCCCCGCGGAGCUGCUGGGCGCGGCGGGUCCCCGGCGCGGCAUGCGGGUGGCGGUGACGCAGAAGGAGUGGGACGCGGUGCAGGGGGACGCGGACGUGCAGGCGGUGGUGCGCGACGCCGUGCUGGCCGAGGCCGGCAUGCAGGCCCUGGCGUGA